AUGUCUACUGUUCCUGUUGUUGGUGAUCGUAAGAUUCUUGACAUUGAGAAUGUUGAACUUUAUAAACAAGUUGAUAAUGCCUUGAGUGCUCUAUUGUACGAAUUUGCAAAGGAUAUCCCGUUAUCUCUUACAUAUCCAGGGGUGGUCGAUGGUAAAGUAUAUAUUAUUGCUACAGUGGAUUUGCCAAACGGAAUACCAGUUCAUGAAAUGCCGCUGGGAAUUAGUAUUGGCGAUUCUGCCCUUGGGCAAUCUCCGAUUGAGCUUUGCUCACGAAAAGUUGGUGAAGUAGGCGACUUAACACGACAAUAUAUUAAUAAUUCAGGCAAGAAAAAAUAUUUACGUCUUCCUACUGAUGUAGAAAUGGAGAACAUGGGCAGCAUAGAAGAACUAAUAACGUGGUUAAAAGCAACUGAUUUAGGGUUGGGUGACGCAGAGUACAAAAUUCUUCGAAACUUUGACAAUGGGAUACUUCCACAUUUUGUGUGGCUAAGUGAAAAAGAAUUUCUAGAAUUAGAUCAGUCCCUAAAUAGAGACAGUGUUAAAAAACUGUGUAAUGCGUUCGAAGCGAUUAGAGCCAACAGUUUAGAAGAAUUUUAUUUAGGUAGAAUGAAAAUUACUUCUACGUUAAAAAAAUCGAUAAUACGUUGGAUGGAGAAUAAUGACUCUAAACAGCCGAAGAAUGAUAAGUUAUAA